UAGAAAUGUGAUACCAUUUACUGAUAGGGACGAACCUGUAAACAAUGGAGCCCCAUCUGGUCUAGGGUUUAAGAUCAUCAAGGAAGGGUUUUUAUUUCUCAUUCAUCAUCAUGUUGGCGAUUCGAAGAGCCUCUGUUCGUAUCAGGUUCCAGCCUUUACCAUCAGUAACUGUUCGUGCUUGCGAUGCUAGAUUCGACACAACAACUUCCAGUUACAUGGGCGACAUUGGCUUUGGUGGGCCCCCACCACCUACCCUACUCGUAAGGAGUUUUUCCUUCGGCUCUCAGAGCUUUUUAAUAGGAGGGAUUCAUAGCUUUUCCUCACUGGCUGGAUCUGAAUCCGACAAAGAACCGAUUAAGGAAGCCGAUAUGUCUGAAUCUGAAAAUGAGCUGGGUUUAUUAGAUACCGAGGAAGAGAUAGUGGAGAAUAAAGGUGGACAAAGAAAAGGUUUAUCGGGAUUGUUUAAGGUGGUUGUUGAUUCUUCAUCGGCGCCGCCUAACAUUAAGAAUGCUCUAGAUAAGUGGGUUGAAGGACAUGAUUUGUCUAGGUCUGAGAUAUCACAUACGAUGUUUGAACUACGAAGGCGAAAGAUGUACGGGAAAGCUUUGCAGCUGUCGGAGUGGCUAGAGUCACAAGAGAGUAUAGAAAUCUCCGAGAGAGAUUACGCGUCUCGUGUUGAUUUAAUCGCCAAAGUACGUGGCACACAGAAGGCAGAAGCCUACAUCGAGAAAAUCCCGGAGUCAUUUAAAGGUGAAAUAGUAUACCGAACACUUUUAGCUAAUUGUGUUCUCAACAACGACGUAAAGAAAUCCGAAAAAGUAUUUAACAAAAUGAAAGACCUAAACUUACCCGUCACCGCCUUCGCUUGUAAUCAACUGCUCCUUUUGUACAAAAGAACUGACAAGAAAAAAAUAGCCGACGUAUUAUUAUUAAUGGAAAAAGAAGACGUGAAACCGUCACUCUUCACGUAUAGAUUACUGAUCGAAACUAAAGGCAUGUCCCAUGAUAUUAUCGGGAUGGAGCAAGUUCUCGAAACUAUGAAAGCCGAAGGGUUGGAACCGGAUUCGAGAUUGCAGUCGGUAUUAGCUCGACAAUAUGUUUACGCGGGUAUGAAUGAAAAAGCGAGAGCGGUUUUAAACGAAAUGGAAGGAAGUAAUUUGAGUGAGAACCGAGGGGUGUAUUCGUCUUUACUUCAAAUUUACGCAUUACUCGGAAGUGUAGAUGACGUUAAACGGGUCUGGGAGGCGUGCGAAACGAACCCGCGAUUAGAAGAAUGCAUGAACGCGAUCGAGGCGUUCGGAAAACUGAAGAACGUUGCUGAAGCCGAGGCGGUUUUUGACCUGAUGUCAAAAAAAUGGAACCGACUCUCGGCUAAGUAUUACACUUCUAUGUUGAAAGUGUAUGCAAACAAUAAGAUGUUACUCAAGGGAAAAGAAAUCGUGAAACAAAUGAGUGAUAGCGGGUGCAGACUCGGGCCAUUGACUUGGGAUGCGUUGGUCAAACUUUACAUAGAAUCAGGGGAGAUUGAAAAGGCGGAUUCGAUUCUAAACAAGGCUUCGCAACAGCUUAGUAUGAAACCGUUGUUUUCUACGUAUAUGCUGAUUUUAGAUGAAUAUGCUAAGAAGGGAGAUGUACAUAAUGCGGAGAAAAUAUUUUAUAAAAUGAGGCAAGUUGGGUAUGUUUCGAGAUACAGGCAGUAUGAUUCUCUUCUGCAGGCGUAUAUAAAUGCAAAAGCUCCGCUUUACGGGUUUAGAGAAAGGUUGAAGGCUGAUAAUGUGUUCCCGAGUAAAACACUGGCGGAACGGUUGGCUCAGGUGGAUGCGUUUAAGAAGACCGCGGUGUCUGAUCUGCUUGAUUAAUAAGGUUUAAGGGGGCGAUAGUUUUUUUUUAUGUUCUGAUAAAUGAAAACCGGGUCUGAUUAUUAGGAGUUGGAAAUCUGAAAACCGGGUUUGAGUAUAUGUAUGUGACCAUUUAGGCUACGUAUUUUUUUGUUUUAAAGUUCAGGAACUUUAGAAUUCUCUAAUUUAAAGCAGUUAUUGCAUGUUUGAUGCUCUUA